AUGCCACACUUUCUCAGUAACAGCCCGGAGCCACAGUCGCCCAAGGCGAAUAGCAAGUCCGUCUGUCACCACGAUACGGAACCCUUUGAAAAUGGGCAUCAGAUUCCAGAACCCCAGACUGCUAUAUUGAACCAACAAAGCCCGGAUGUGUGGAUAUCACAGCGAUGUAUGGACCAAGCAAGACCCCUGAAGGUCAUCUACAUCGGUGCUGGAAUCUCUGGAAUCACGGGCGCUAUUGAAUUCAAGAAGCGAGUACCUGGGUUGGAUUUGGUAAUCUAUGAGAAAAAUGAGGAGCUUGGCGGCACAUGGUUCGAAAACAGAUACCCCGGCUGUGCUUGUGAUGUCCCAGCGCACGUAUACCAGCUCUCAUACGAGUCUUCGCCCAACUGGAGCUCCUUUUUCGCCUCGGCGUCUGAGAUUCUCGAGUAUUGGAAGGCCAUCGCAAAGAAGUACGAUGUUAGAAAGUACAUGCGGUUUCGUCAAAAGUGCACGGCCGCUCGAUGGAGCGAGACGGCUGGCAAGUGGUUUGUUCAGCUUCAAGACCUUGCCACCGGUGGUAGCUACGAGGACCAAGCCGAUGUACUUGUCACCGGUGAGGGUGUUCUUAAUGAGUGGAAAUGGCCAAGCAUUCAUGGGCUUCAUUCAUUCAAAGGAGACAUUUUGCACAGCGCAAAUUGGGAUCCCAACAUUGACCUAGAGGAUAAAUCCGUUGCUGUGAUUGGAGCUGGGAGCAGUGGGCUUCAGAUUGUGCCUUCGAUCCUUCCACAAGUCAAGCGCAUGGACCACUAUGUCCGCGGUCGAUCAUGGAUCGCGGGUCUCUUCGGAGGAGACAGUAUGGGGAGACGAAUAGAAGAGAAUGGGGGAAAUUUUGAGUAUACAGAAGAAGAAAAGAAGUUAUGGGAAAACGACCGCGACGCCUACCUGCAGUAUCGCCGGGGCAUUGAAUACGAUAUCAACAAUAAAUUCAAUGUCAUCUUCAAGGGUUCGAAAUUGCAGGCAGAAACUCGGUUGCGAGUUGAAGAGAACAUGAAAAAACGACUGGAAGGGAAACCGGAAAUUUUCGAUAUACUACGACCCAAGUAUUCGCCAUAUUGCAAACGCAUGUCGCCCGGCCCUGGCUACUUGGAAGCAUUGGCAUCCCCCAAAGUAGACACAAUCACUUGUGGGAUCGAUAGGAUUGACGAAAAUGGUGUUAUCACCACGGAUGGAGUCAGACAUAACGUUGAUGUGAUCAUCUGCGCUACCGGAUUUCAGACUUCCCCAGCCAACCGCAGUUUUCCAAUCUAUGGGAAAGGUGGCAUCAACCUUAGAAAACGAUUCGAGGGCCGUCCUGAAACUUAUCUCAGCGUCUGUACUGAUGGCUUCCCAAACUUCUUCCAGUCUAUGGGCCCAAACUCGAUGCCAGGCGCCGGAAGUCUGUUACUCAUUAUUGAGAAGACUCAGGUCUACAUUGGCCAAAUCCUCGCCCGCAUGGCCUACGACAAUAUCGGCCGGGUAGAGCCCAAGAAGCAAGCAGUCCAGUCAUUUACGAACUACUGCGAUGAAUUCUUCAAGCACACCGUGUUUGCGGAGGAAUGCAGCUCGUGGUACAAGACAGCCGGGCCUGGUGCGUCGCGGGAAGGGCAGAUGAAUGGCCGUGUCACAGCUUUGUGGCCGGGAAGCAGUCUCCAGUGUCUUCGAGCGUUGGCCUCGGUCAGAUGGGAGGACUUUGAAACAGAGUCCUUUGAUGGAAAUCCCUUUGGUUGGUUUGGGAAUGGGUGGACUCUGGCAGAGAGAUAUCCAACAGGCGAGUUGGAAAGUUUGACCUGGUACCUGAAUGAUACUAGCAUACUUAAGUGUUCAUAA